AUGGAUCUUUUUGAGGAGAGGGAUCGUUUGGAUGGAUCUACAAGGGAAGUUGGUGGUCUCAUAUUGUCGAAAUCAAAAGAAGUUUUCAGACAGCCGCGACAGUCCUUGUUUGGCCUAGACAAAUUAGCGGCGAAAAAACGACAGGAGGCUGAAAAUAACGAGCCUCACUUCAACAAACGUGAUGGUACAAAUAAAGAAAGAUUCUAUAGGGAAAGGCGUGUAGAAACUCCGUCUAAUCGUGGGGGUGUCAGUAAAGAAUAUUUUGAUUCUCAGGCGAGGAAGCGGGAACGCGAUCAUAAGGAACGAGUGAAAACUGGUCUUGUUUCGACAACCUCUAGGAAGUUUGAUAACAGUUAUUCAGAUUCUCGGAAAUCAUCAAAUCACUCUCGUCAUGAGACAGAUAGAGAAAAGGAGUCUUUGAGUACACGACGUCGGAGAGAAGAAGAAUGGGAAGAUGAAACACCUAGUCGCAGUGCUAGAGAGAGUGGAAAUGCUACUAGUUCCAGCAUUAACCGAUAUCAGACUCCAGAUAUUCAUACAUUUGAAGAACGAUCUCCAGGGCAUUCUAGUUGGGAUGAUUCUGGUUUAGGAACAAGUCGAUCCACGACUCCAAGAAGCACUGGGUCAUUAGCUCGUGGAUCAGAUAAAGAUAGAUAUACUUAUACGCCUCUGCCAACUCCAACUUUCAAGCAUAACCCUUGGAUGCAGUCAAACAGAAAUGAUACACGAGAUUUGGAUUCUAAGCGGUCACAUUCUAACCGACAUACUCAUGAUCAGUCUAGAACCAAACAUCCCAAUGAGAAUGAAAAUGAUACUGUAGAAGGUGGUGCAACCGAAGUUGAAGAAGACAAUGAUGAAAUUAUGGCUGAAAAUGAAAGACUAGAUCGUAACUGGUAUCAAAUGGAUGACGGUUAUGAUAAUGAAAACAAUCCUUUUGCUGAUAUUCCGGAAGAAUACGCUGCAAAAAAGGAACGUCAACUUGCAGAACGUAAAAAGAGACACAAACAACGUCUAACUGCCAAAGCUGUUCAAGUUCACAAAGAUAAUCAAGCAUGGGAGCAUAACCGUAUGCUGAGGUCUGGAGUUGUCCAACGAGUAGACUUUGAUCAAGAUGAAGAUUUCGAUGAAGAAGGCGAGGCUAGGGUCCAUUUACUGGUUCGAAAUAUCUUACCACCAUUUCUCGACGGAAGGAUUGUUUUCACUCGUCAACCUGAACCAGUUAUCCCAGUUAAGGAUCCAGAUAGUAUAAUGGCCAAAGUUGCUCAAAAAGGCAGUGCUAUAGUGAAGUAUUUCAGAGAACAGAAAGAACGUAAAAGAGCACAGAAAAAAGAAUGGCAAUUAGCUGGAACACGUAUUGGUGAAGUUAUGGGUAUUAAACCUCCUGAAGAAGAAGAUAAUUGGACUGAAAAAUCUCAUCGUGAUACUCAAACCUUUGCUGAUAAAGUUGGUGAUAUGAAAUCUGAAGCUGUAAGCGACUUUGCCACAAGAAAGACUAUUGCAGAACAAAGACAAUAUUUACCCGUUUUCUCUGUAAGAUCGUCUCUACUGAGAAUGAUUAAAGAACAUCAGAUUGUAGUGAUUGUUGGAGAGACUGGCAGUGGAAAAACAACCCAAUUAACACAAUAUUUACACGAGGAUGGUUAUACAACUUAUGGUAUGGUUGGUUGUACACAACCACGUCGAGUUGCUGCCAUGUCUGUUGCUCGUCGAGUUGCUGAAGAAAUGAAUGUUCGUCUAGGUGAAGAAGUUGGUUAUGCUAUAAGAUUUGAAGACUGUACUUCUUCUUCUACAAUCAUUAAGUAUAUGACUGAUGGAAUCUUGUUACGUGAGUCUCUACGUGAAUCUGACCUGGAUCCAUACUCUGCAAUAAUUAUGGAUGAGGCUCAUGAAAGAUCUUUAAAUACUGAUGUACUAUUCGGAUUAUUACGAGAGGUUGUUAGUAGGCGAAAUGAUCUGCGUCUCUUGAUCACUUCUGCUACUAUGGAUGCAGAAAGAUUUGCUCAAUUCUUUGGUGAUUGUCCAAUUUUUAGAAUCCCUGGUCGAACAUUUCCUGUUGAUACACAAUUCAGUAAAACAACAGUAAUGGAUUAUGUCGAUGCAUCUGUGAAACAAGCGAUUCAAGUCCAUUUGGGAUCUCCAACUGAUGGCGACAUAUUAAUCUUCAUGCCUGGUCAGGAGGACAUUGAAGUUACUUGUGAACUUAUCGCUGAACGAUUGGGUAACUUGGAUGAAGCUCCUCCACUGUCUAUCUUGCCUAUUUACUCUCAGUUACCUAGUGAUCUUCAAGCUAAAAUAUUUAUGAAGGCUGAAGAUGGUGUGAGAAAAUGUGUUGUAGCUACAAAUAUUGCUGAAACCUCUUUAACUGUUGAUGGUAUUCGUUAUGUCAUCGAUUGUGGUUAUUGUAAACUUAAAGUUUUCAAUCCUAAAAUUGGUAUGGAUGCUCUCCAAAUCUUCCCAAUCAGUCAAGCUAAUGCUAAUCAACGAGCUGGUCGUGCUGGUAGAACUGGACCGGGAGUAUGUUAUCGACUGUACACAAUUAGUCAAUAUCAGGAAGAAAUGCUUAUCACAUCCAUCCCAGAAAUUCAGAGAACUAAUCUGGCUAACGUCGUUCUCUUGCUAAAGUCACUCGGUGUGCAAGAUUUAAUGCGAUUUCAUUUCAUGGAUGCUCCUCCACAGGACAACAUACUCAAUUCAAUGUAUCAGCUUUGGAUUUUCGGCGCAUUGGACAAUACUGGUGGCCUUACAAAUUUGGGUCGUCAAAUGGUUGAAUUCCCUCUGGACCCAGCUUUAUCAAAAUUAUUGAUUAUUUCCUGUGAUUUGGAUUGUUCAGAGGAGAUUUUAACUAUCGUAUCAAUGCUUUCUGUACCAAGUGUAUUUUACAGACCUAAAGGUCGUGAAGAGGAAUCGGAUAAUGCAAGAGAAAAAUUUCAAGUUCCCGAAUCAGAUCAUUUGACUUUGCUAAAUGUAUUCACUCAAUGGCGUAAGUCAGGCUACUCGUCAGCUUUCUGCGCUAAACACUUUCUUCAUUUAAAAGCUAUGCGAAAGGUUCGUGAAGUUCGGCAACAAAUGAAAGAGAUUAUGGAACAGCAUAAUAUGAAUUUACGCUCUAUCGGUAGUGAUUGGGAUGUUGUACGUGAGUGUUUAUGCGCAACCUUCUUCCAUCAAGCGGCUCGUAUCAAGGGUUUAGGUGAAUAUGUGAAUUUGCGUACUGGUAUGCCUUGUCAUCUACAUCCAACCAGUGCUCUAUAUGGUAUGGGUUAUACUCCAGACUAUGUGAUCUAUCAUGAAUUGAUUAUGACAACUAAAGAAUAUAUGCAAUGUGUUACUUCUGUCGAUGGAAAUUGGUUAGCUAAAGUUGGUCCAAUGUUUUACAGCGUAAAAGAUCCGAAUCUUACACGACUAGAAAGGAAGCGACAAGCUGAAGAACAACUUGCAGAAAUGGAGAAAGAAAUGCGUUCAGCUGAAGAACAACUUACUCGUCGACGUGAAGAACUCUCUGCAUCAAUCGGUUCAAGUCGUUUGCAACCAAUUGUUACACCGGGAAUGCGAACACCUGGUACGCCCUUAAUCUCUAAACGUCCAGGUGGUCGACUUGGUCUGUGA